UGCAGAAUGUGUCCGGCGAAGGAGAUGCACAGCUAUCGAUAUGGUUAUCGCCGAUUGUGAAGAACGACACAAAACUCGGCGGCCACAUGUGUUGUGUGGCAAAUCGGAUUGUAUAAUUUGACACGGCCCAGUUGUAGGACUGGGUGCUGAAAGGCAUCAGGAUUUAUCUCGUAUCCAGUGAGAAUCACAAGCAUUUCGGCUAGAACCGCCGGAUUGCGCAGUGGCAGAUAUCCGGGCAUCCUCGGUCUCUCCGCCUCAAUUUCUCCGUCGCUGGGGAAUUGUGCGAAGUGACUGAAGCCACAGAAAGUUUGGUAGAUGCACUAUUGCCACUAUUACUUGGGGCUUUCAAUCUGGGUAUUAAUUGAACUCCUUUGUGUUCUUUUUUCUGCAGAUCUUGAGCUGGGAUUUUCAGUGAACGAUCGGUCGUAUCUGGAUUUGCAUUUCUCGCUAGCUAUGGCGUUAUUGAGCUGUCGAGCUGUAUCGCAGUCCAUUAGCAUCUCGCUGUCUUCGGUUUCAGUAGCAGCUUCGAAGCCAGCUUCGAGAACCAAUGCAACGAAAUGUGGGAGUGCCCGCUUGCAGAGUUCACUGGUCGCUGGAUCGCAGCUUGGAACCUCUUCGAUUCUUUCUGUGACUGCUAAGUCGAAGGUCUCCGUCAAUAAGGUUUUGGGUGUUCGUGCUGCAGUGGGAGCUGACAAUGUGGUAACUGAGCCAGCGACAUCUAUCAAGUUUGCUUUAUUGCUCACCGUCCCUGACAGCUCCAACACUCUGACGUUUCUCGGUGCAGGAGUGCGGGAAAAACAGAUCGCCUUCUUAAAAGUGAAGGUGUAUGCUGUUGGUGUCUAUGCUCAACCUGAUGUAGCAGCUUCUUUGGCUUCGUGGAAAGGAAAAUCAGCAGCUGAUCUUGUCAAAGAUGAGGCGCUGUUCCAAGAACUGGCACAAGCUCCAGUAGAGAAGGCUCUGCAGAUUAAGCUGGCUCGAGAUGUAGAUGGCGCCACGUUCUGGGGAGCUUUGGACGAAGCAUUGGUGCCGCGGCUGACAGCCUCUGGGGCUGGUGCAGACGGAGACGCUGCAUUGGCAGAAUUUGGAAAUGUUUUUAAGAAUCGUUCUUUGCAGAAGGGCUACGUCAUUACCCUCACCUGGGUCCAACCCUCGACUCUCAGGAUUGCUGUAGCCGAAAGCGAAGCAGCGAAUUUGAAGACUGAAGCGUCGAUAGAGUCUAAGGCAUUAUUGUCGGCACUCUAUGAUGUGUUUUUAGGGACGAGUGCUGUGUCUCCUUCCGCCAAAGCAGCAGUUGCUGAGGGCAUCUCAAAGCUUCCGUAAGAAUCUAUGGAUUCACUGGGAAGGCAGGUGAAGAGUUUGGAGUAUUGUACGUUUUUGACCAGAGACUGAGAACUAUCGUGUGAUAACAUUUAGUACUACUAUUUCUUCCAGAUACUUCGCUUGCAAUAGCUCUGCAACGCUAUUGUAGUUGCUACUUGUAGAGCAAUGUAUAGAUAGCUUUUCAGCUUUUACAUUUUGUUCAUUUCCCUUCGUGAUUGUCUUUCCUUAGACUUGCAGAGUUGUCUGGUUUCACAUGUGAUUUAACAAAACACAACUGCACAAAUAAUAAUAAUUUCGUGCAUUCAUGUUA